AUGGUUGGCUUUGGGAAACGCACCCCUGAGCGACAUGUGCCAGUCAGAGUUGACCAAAUGAAGCCUGGAAAUGCUAUGGAAGGCUACGUCCUUUUCGGUGCUGUUGCCACUGUAGUGCUGUGGAUGGUGUGGAGCCUUUUGUCCCUCCACCAGAUCUGGAGCCAGAGCCCGAUCCCAAGCCACCAUCACCUUGCGCCAGAUCACUCCGGCAUCAAGCAAAAUAAUGCCUGGGCAUCCAAAACUCUCGUUACAGAAGUGACGCUGUUGCUAAUGAUGAGGCGAGAACCCAUAAGCCCCUUCGUCAUACAACUAUACAAGUGGUUUGAACAUGCUCGAAAAUUCACUCUCGUUAUGGAGUACCUGGAACCCUGCAAGAGCUUGCAUGACUUCAUCACUCGUGGUCCUCAACUGUAUGAACCAACAGCAAGGGUCAUCAUGCAACAGGCUCUGCUAGCAGUACAACACUGCAUCAACCAUGGUGUUUUUCACAAUGACAUCCAUGCACAGAAUUUCCUGUUGAAUAAAAACACGUUUCAGCUCAAGCUGAUAGACUUUGGCUGCGGUCAGCUAUUUAGUAAUGAUGGCUACGAGAGCGACUUAUACAUUGGAGUACUGGAUUACUGCCCACCUGAAGUCUUGACAGAACCUCGAUUCCAUGCCGUCCCAAAAAAUGUCUGGGCUCUAGGAGUGUUGUUGUACAAGAUGGUGAACGCUUGUCGUCCUUUUCACAAUAGAACAGAAAUCACACAAGCCAAAGUUACAUUUCAGAAAUCCAACUUCUCCAAAGAUUUCGUGACAUCCAAAUAUUUUGGGCGCUGUGUGAUCUUUUCAAGUCUCCAUAGCAACCAAACGACAAACAUGGCCAACCACAACGAAAGCCGCUCCAAACGAGUCUUUCUCAACAACAUCGACUCAUACUCAUCCAAAUAUAUCGCGCAGUUCUUGUCGUCAUGUGUCGUCGGAGAGUCUCUCACUGACGGAGAGGAGGAGGACAUACACGAACAUGCUUCAGAAGGCGCAUGCUUUCAGAUAGUCGGAACAGUUGCGAAUAAAGAUGCAAAAAAACAACGUUUUGCACUGGAGGAAUAUUGGUCUGUGAAUCGAGAAGAACUCCUGCAGUGUCUGAUGCAUUGUGAUGUUAUUGUAUAUAAUAUCACUGAACACACUGAUCUCAUAGAUGAGGCAACAUGGGCCAUUUCAGCUCUGCACUCUGAAAUUGAACAUUUUAAGUCUUCAAAAAUAUUCAUCCUGCUGUCAACAAUCAUGACAUGGGCAAUGACCAAACCAGCUGAUCCUGAUGAUCCUGAUAUUCCCUUGACUGAAGAGGACUACAAAAGAAGAAGACCACAUCCAAACUUUAAAGAACACACAAGCACUGAAAAGCUUGUGCUUAAACUGGGGAAACAGAAAAAGUCAAAGCUGGCUACUUAUGUUGUAACAUCAGGGCUGCAGUAUGGAAUGGGCGAGAGCAUGUUUCACUUCUUUUUUAAAACAGCUUGGCUCGGAGAGCUUAGCAGUGUUCCUGUUUUUGGAGCUGGGACAAAUAUAAUUCCUGCCAUUCACAUCCAUGACCUUGCAAGAGUGGUGCAAAACAUCAUCGAUCACAAACCAAAAACACACUACUUCAUCGCUGUUGAUGAUUCCAAGAACACUUUUGAAGACAUUGUGAAAGCCAUUGCCUCUGCCCUGGGUUCUGGACAAAUAGAAAAAGUCCCAAAGGAGGAUGCCUAUGGCACAAAGGCAAUUACGGAAACUGACUUGCUUUACCUCAAUGUCAACCUUCAGACUGAGUCUGUUUUCUUAAAGGACAAAUUAAACAUCUCCUGGGAUUAUGAAUCUGGAAUAGUUGAUAACAUAUUUCGUGUGGUGGAGGAAUACAAACAGACAAGGCAGUUGUUGCCAAUAAAAAUCUGUCUUCUUGGGCCCCCUGCUGUUGGCAAAAGCUCAGUUGCUACAAAGUUGUGCAGAUAUUACAAACUUCAUCAUAUUAAUGUCAAUGAAGCCAUCAAUGAGAAAGUCAGACAACUGGAGGAACUGCUUGGAAGAAAUGAGAAGACAAGGGAGAAUGAGGAAAUGCUCAUUGGUGCUGAAGAGCAGCUUAAAACUCUAAAGAACAACAUGCUUCAGAAUGACGGCCAGUUGGAUGAGCAGCAUGUGAUGCAUAUCAUAAGGGAGAAGCUAAACUCAAUGCCUUGCAGAAAUCAAGGAUUUGUUCUAGAUGGAUACCCAAAGACCUUUACACAGGCUAAAGAGCUUUUCUAUGAUGCAAAGAUGGAAGUAGAAGAUACCAGAUCUACAAUACCUCAGUAUAGCAAAGUGUUGAUUCCAGAGUACGUCUUUUCACUGGACGCCACUGAUGAAUUUCUUAAAGAGCGAGUUCGGAGUCUUCCACAGAAUGUGGCAGAGGAGAUGCACUACACUCAAGAUGAGUUUACAGAGAGUCUUGCAAAAUUCAGGGAGACUUUGGCAGAAGACGAGUCUGUGCUUGACUAUUUCGAUGAACUGGAAAUCCAUCCUGAAUACAUUGACUGUGAGAACGAGGCCACGGUGGACAAAAUAAUUAAGACAGUGGGGCGGCCGAUGAACUACGGUUUGAGUCCAGAGGAAAUGGAGGAAGAGAAGAAGAGGAAAGAAGAUGAAUGGCACCAGCAGCUGAAACAGGAGAAACUUGAGAAGAAACUUAGGAAGAUAGUGGAGAAUGAUAAAAUGGACGCUCUUUUGGAGGAAUGGAAUAGGAACAUGGCCGAGGUGAUGAAGCAGGAACAUGAGCUAUUAGAGACACGAUCUGUCCCCAUGAGACACUACUUGAUGAAAUAUGUCAUGCCCACUGUCAUUCAAGGACUGGUGGACUGUUGUAAGGUCAAGCCUGAUGACCCUGUCGACUUUUUGGCUGAAUACCUCUUCAGGAACAACUCAGAUGAUUAGCUCAUUCUGCUAUAAUAAUUAACAAUAAAUGUUAAAUAAAAAACUGUCAUUAAAAGUG